AUGGCCCCCAUGGGAAUGAGGAAACGGAGUCGGGAGCGCCAUCGGCCGAGGGAGGGUUCGCCUCGUUCGCCUUGCUCCGAUGACGGCUUCCCCGGUUUCAAGGUUCAGCAUGAAUCGCUGUCCAUCUUCUUUUGUCCUUUUUGGGUGUCCUUUUCUGUGUCGAUCAUUGAGGGCAUUGAAGGAUGUUUCGUUUCAAAGGAGGCGGAUGCUGUCGCCAAGUGGCACUGCCAAGCACCUAAGGUAUCUCGUUCCUAUGUCGGAGAAUUUUGGUACAUUUGUUACGUUCUUUGUAGAUUCGCCAUCGUUGAUGGACAUGGUAUUUUGGCCAAAAGUCUAUCCAAGUCACGUAGAGUAAAGAUCCUCAGCGACGCGGUGAUCAUUGAUCCCAUUUGGACAGCGUCGGAACGUGGCGGUUACCGGGUGUGGUUUGAUGGCCGUGAUGGCAUAAGUCGAAACGGUUUGUAUGUGGAAGUGAUUGACGGUACGAUUUGCUUGGUGAUCGACGGUCACGAGUGGUGCAGCAGGACCAUGUCAAUCUUGUUGCCUUGCAUGAGGCUAAGCGAUCCAAGUUCGAUUAUUGAUGUUGAUCCGGGACUUGUCGAAUAUCGGGUUGUUACGUGGAGGUCGUAUGUCAUAUUUUGCUGCUUACCUAUGAGCGAGGCAGAUGUGAUUCACGUGUGGUUUGGUGGUUAUGUUUUCCUCUGCUUACGUGUUGAUGGGCAUGCUGAGCGAAGACGUUCCAUCGACUUUGAUGCCAGGCUCAAGAACAAACGAUACUGGCGAGUUACUCAUUCCAAGUGGUCCAUCAGCCAGAGCCCUUCUGCCAGAAGUUCUCUCCAACGUUGGCAGAGCACGCCGGAGUAG